UUGACAAAUUGAUAUAUGCAGACUUUUAUGCAUUUGUCGAUAUAUCAGAAAGUUGAGAAUCAUUUAUAAGCAUAUUUAGAAAAACCAAAGGGUUGAUGAAAUUUAAAGGUAUGCGAGGUAGUUGGUGAUAUUUUAAAACAGUGUGUAUAAGUUAAUUUUUACAAUAUGACGGAUACACGGAGGAGAGUGAAGUUAUAUGCGCUCAAUGUUGAUAGACAAUGGGAUGAUCGUGGUACAGGUCAUGUUUCGUCUUCAUAUGUAGAUAGACUGAAAGGAAUUUCACUUUUAGUUAGAGCAGAGAGUGAUGGUUCAGUUUUGUUGGAAAGUAGAAUACAACCUGAUACAGCAUAUCAGAAGCAACAGGAUACUUUAAUAGUUUGGUCAGAAGGAGAAAAUUUUGAUUUAGCCUUAAGUUUCCAAGAAAAGGCUGGCUGUGAUGAAAUUUGGGAGAAGAUAUGUCAAGUCCAGGGCAAAGAUCCAUCUGUUGAAAUUACCCAAGAUAUUGUUGAAGAGUCAGAAGAUGAACGAUUUGAUGAUAUGUCUGAUGCUGCACCACCAAUAGAAUUGCCUCCAUGUGAAUUAAGUCGAUUGGAAGAUAUUAAUGAACUUAUAGGAAAUUGUUUAUCUUCACAAAUGAGGAAAGAUAAACUAGCAUUGGCUUUAGAAUCAGAAGGCUAUAUAAAAAAACUAUUAAAUCUAUUUCAUACUUGUGAAGAUUUAGAAAACAUUGAAGGGUUACAUCAUCUGUAUGACAUAUUUAAAAAUAUUUUCCUACUUAAUAAGAACACAUUAUUUGAAGUUAUGUUUAGCGAAGAUACAAUUUUCGAUGUUGUUGGAUGUUUGGAAUAUGAGCCAACAUUACCUCAGCCAAAGAGGCACAGAGAAUAUCUUCGACAGUUAGCGAGAUUUAAGCAAGCAAUUCCUAUUACAAAUGCUGAACUAUUAGCUAAAAUUCACCAAACGUAUCGAGUUCAAUACAUUCAAGAUGUAGUUUUGCCAACUCCAAGUGUAUUUGAGGAUAACAUGUUAAACACAUUGAGUAGCUUUAUAUUUUUUAAUAAGGUUGAAAUAGUUACCUUGAUACAGGAUGAUGAGAAAUUCCUUACUGAACUAUUUCGCCAGUUAACUGAUGAAGCAACAUCAGAUAGCAAGAGACGUGAUCUAGUUCUUUUUUUAAAAGAAUUUUGUAAUUUUUCUCAAAAUCUUCAACCACAAGGAAAGGAGGCCUUUUAUAAAACUUUAACAGCACUUGGUAUUUUACCUGCUUUAGAAAUUACUUUGGCAAUGAAUGAUGCCCAAACAAAAACUGCCAGUAUAGAUAUAUUGACUUACAUAGUAGAAUAUUCUCCAAGUGUUGUUCGAGAUUACACAUUGCAACAAAUAAAUAAUACAGAACAGGACCAAAUGUUAAUAAAUGUAAUAGUUGCUCAACUCGUUGGCGAUAGCGACCCAGAGUUGGGUGGAGCAGUACAAUUAGCUGGUGUACUACGUCUGCUUCUUGAUCCAGAAAAUAUGUUAACUUCUGUUAACAAAUCAGAAAAAACUGAUUUCUUGAACUAUUUUUAUAAAAAUAGUAUUGGAACACUAAUAGCACCACUUUUAGCAAACACAAUUGGAGAAAGACCAGCAAGAGAAGAUUAUAGAACAGUACAGCUUUUAGGAUUGAUCUUAGAAUUACUAUCAUUUUGCGUAGAACAUCAUACAUACCACAUCAGGAAUUGCAUAUUGAACAAAGAUUUGCUCAAACGGAUAUUGGUUUUGAUGAAAUCAACACAUACAUUUUUAGUAUUGUGCGCUUUAAGGUUCAUGAGAAAAAUCGUAGCUCUGAAAGAUGAAUUUUACAAUAGAUAUAUCAUUAAAGGAAAUUUGUUCGCGCCUGUAUUUGAUGCGUUUGUACGAAACAAUGGUAGAUAUAAUUUGUUGGAUUCUGCUAUUCUUGAAAUGUUUGAAUUUAUAAAACUGGAGGAUAUUAAAUCGUUAUGUUCACAUGUCGUUGAAAAUUUCUCAAAAGAACUGGAAGCAAUUGAUUAUGUACAAACAUUUAAAGCUUUGAAGCUAAGGUACGAACAACAUCAAGACAAGUUGAAAGAUCGGGACAGAGCAGCUCUUGACAGUGUUCCAUCCAUAUUAAGAAAUAGUCGAUACAGAAGGGACCAGAGACAGUUAGAUGAAGAAGAGGAAAUGUGGUUUAAUGAAGAGGAAGACUUUGAUGAGGGUGAGGCGGUCGUACCCGCAGCAGCAGCAGAUCUUGUGCCUCCGGCUUCUGCUAAAAAACAAUCAUCAACUUCAAAUUCUGCACUUAAUCCUGCUCUUGCAGAUUCUAAAAGUCAUCAGCAGCAGCAGCAACAGCAAUCUGUAUUGAACAAUAAUACUGCUAACAAUAAUAUUACCUCGCAACAAUCACAAAUUAACAAUACUACGACAACAACGAAUGAAUCUCCAAUUACUUCAGAAAUUAAUCCAAAUUCAACUAUUGGCACAGUAGAAAAAACUGGAACUGCAUUAUUUAAGAAGGGCUUGGUUGACUAUGAAGGAGAUUCAGAUGAAGAAGAUGAGGAUACAGAGGUGACACCCUCUCCAAAACGACAAAGAUUGUCAUAGUAGGCAAACUGGAAGAAAACUGAAGAAUUUGUGAUUUUUAAUUGCUGCUACCAUUUCUGGCCCUCUUACGUGCACAAAGAACUCGAUUAGAAGGUCGUACUGUAAACUUUUUUAUAGCAGAUAAAGGACCAUUCUCUUUAAGUGAGUGGACGUAAUGAGGAUACGUGUUCACAAUGUGGUGAAAAUUGACAUACCUCUUUGAUGGGUUGUGUAUAAAUAUACAAAAGCAUCGGUACUCUAUGCAGGUGGGUGAA